AUGGUCCGAUUUCUUUCUACUCUCCUCUUAGGGGCUCAGCUCAUUUUGAGCGCCUCGUCUCACUCAAUCCCCAACAUGGUUCCUCGCUCAGGACAGCAAGAUUUUCCUUACCCUGAACUCGGCACCGACGAACCUGCAGAUUAUGCAACCACUGGGUAUUUCAUCAAUCACUUCGCCAUCUCUACCAGAAAUCUCACUGCCAGUCUCGACUUUUACUCCAGAGUCCUUGGCUUCCGCAAAAUGUUCACCCUGCACGUUAGCAAAAAAUAUUCGAUCACCUACCUGGCUCAUGCUCACGGCGGCAAAAACGGAACAGGUUAUCAAACCGCUCUGGAGUUGAAUCGUGAGAAAAACAAUGCCCAGGGUCUUCUCGAGAUUUACUACCUCGAUAUUCCUACCAAGAACAUUGAGUCUAGCUCUCAACACCCCAACACCUUUGCCCAUAUUGGGCUUGUUGUACCUGAUGCCCAGAAAACACAAGAGCGUUUGGAGACAAUGCCUGAUGUAAAAAUUGUCAAGAAAUUUGGAGAGAAGUUUACUGAGCUCACCGAGGAUCUUGUGAUUGGCCCAGCUGUUGGGUUGCCGCCUGCUGUUGUUGCACAGUUGAGCCUGGAGGAGAGGAAAGCGAUUGUCGAAGGACUAGGGCCUAGUGUCGACCCGCUGGUCUUUAUUGUUGAUCCCGAUGGAAACUUUAUUGAGAUUCAAGGUGAGGAGGGUGCUGAUUUGGUGCAGGGAUGA